AUGGGCAUAGAGCCCAGACUCACUCGCCAAGACUUCUCGACAGCCCUGCCUGCCUGCCUGCCUGGUGGUCCCGCUGAGCAGCCCCGGAGCCGGCAGUGGCUGGCUGAAGGAGCCAGUGUUGCUGAAGGCCUCCGAGGGCCCUGGUGGCUCAGCGGAGACUUCCUGCUCCUGAUCCACGUGUCCGUCUAUCCUGUGCGGCUGCUGUGUGCCGUGGCCAUAGGCACCCUGCCCACCUUCGGAGGCGGCCGUGUGCAGCAGAACCCCCUGUGGCCCAGCUCCGGAGGGCAGCCGAGGGGGGGGGGGCGGUUGGGAGCCCGUGGAAAGCGGUCAGUUGGUGCGUUGCAGCCUCGGCCCCCUCACUUCUGCCCCUCUCCUUGUCCACCAGCGGUCUUCUCUGUGUUCACGCGGACCCCGAACGUGCAGUCCCGCCUGGGCCAGGACGUGGUGCUGGACUGCGGCUUCUCGGCACCAGCCGCCCCCUUCUCAGUCGAGUGGCGCUACCAGCACCGAGGGGCCGGGCGGGUGAUCCUGGCCUACGACGGGGCCGCCCGGCGGAUCUCUGUGGCGGAGGAGGGCGUGGAGCUCUUUCUGGACCCCGGCACCAGCAACGUCUCCCUCGGCCUGCGCAACGUCCGGGUGCAUCACGAGGGCACCUACAUCUGCACGGUGUACCUGCCCCACUGGCACGCCCAGCAGGCCCUGGAGCUGAGGACCGUGGAGCCUCCCAGGGUGACCCUCCGGCCCACCCCGCUCUCCGUGCCCCCCAGUGGCCGUGCCGAGCUGGCCUGCGAGAUCUCUGGCUACUUCCCGCUGGGGGUGUCUGUGAGCUGGAAGCGCCGGAGGCCGGGGUCUCCCCAGGAAGCACUGCUGGACACCUGGGAGUCGGGGCAGAGGCAGUCGCCCGACGGCACCUUCAGCUUCACCAGCUAUGCCCGCCUGGGAGCCGUCCAGCCCCAAGACCACGGGGUCUCCUACAGCUGCCACGUGGCCCACGCUGGACUGGGGGACGCUGAGCUGCAGAAGGCGGUGACGCUCCGUGUUGCAGGCUCUUCAGGGCCCUGCUUGGAAGACGCUGUCGGCCUCUUCUUGGUGGCCUUUGGCCUCUACGGGAUCCUGCAGUUCUUCUUCAGGCGGGCCACUGGUGACAGCCCCAAAGCUCAGAAACUGGAGUGAAUGAGGAUUCCCAGUUGUGCGUGUGUGUGUGCGCGUGCGUGCGUGCAUGUGUGUGUGUGGUCUCUGGUCCCUUUGAAGAGGAGAAGAAGCGCAACCGGGCGGCAGACGGCCCUUCCCCAUCCCUCGCCUUCCGUGGGACAAGACGGCCCCCCUGAGAACCGCUGGCACCUUUGCAUGUGCGUUUCUUGUCCUGCCACAGCUCUCUCCGGUGCGGGGGUCUUUGCCAGGGUUUGCUGUGCCCCCCCCCCCCCCCCCCCCCCGUGGGCCUCCAGUGGGCAGCAGCCUCGAAGAGACUGAUUGGACCACCCAACGGGAUGCUCCCAUUUCCCCUGCAGGGGCAGGGCGGGGGCGGUCAGUUGCAGGAGGGGGAAGCAGAGGCCGCCCUGACUCUUUAACCACUGGCCGGGGCGUGAGCUGUUUGGGGCUUCUCCACCGGCCCUCCCAAGGGUGGAAGGGGCAUGCUUCUGGUCAUGUGUUGCCACCCCCGGGCCACUGAGCUGAGAACACAGUGCGAGUCUAGCCCGGGCCAAGUGCAGGCGGGGAGCCAGGAUUGCCUGUGAUGCCCCCCCGCCCCCCCGCCCGCAAUGUCAACAGCACAAAACGUCCUGCGAUGGAUCCUGAGCCUGCAAAGGACCGUCUCUUGUCUGCCUGGCUUCCCAAAUCUCCCUCCUGCCUGUGAGCCCUGUGGGGCCGUCUGAGCAUCCCACAGAGUGCCCUUUUGUGCAGAAUAAACACCUUUGGGGAA